AUGAUUUCUAGACCUGUCUGGAAAAUUCUGGUGAUGAACAAGCUUAGCCAAGACGUAAUCUCACCUUUGUUACCCGUCAAAGUGUUGCGAGAACUAGGGGUCACUCUACAUCUGCUGGUCGGCUCAAAACGUGAAGUUCUAACCGAUGUGCUAGCGGUCUACUUCGUCUCGCCUACUGAUGAAACGAGAGGCAUGUACGACAGCUUCCACAUCAAUAUGAUCUCUCCGCUUUCUUGUGCUCGUCUAGAAAACUUAGCCUUUGCUGCUGUUCAAGGAGGCAUUAUUGCACAAGUACAAAAGGCAUUAUUUACUAAGUCUAAAAAACGAUUCGUUUGUCGUGCGACAGUACUCCGAGAAAGUCCAAUGUCCUACUAUGGUAAGCGAUUAUUGUCAUUGUUGAAGAGUUCUUGGAUCUUGAUUAUUCAAAAGAGCAGUUUUUAAAU